AUGGUAGCCAAUUCCAAGAAGGAAUCUUGCCCACGACGCACUUGUCGAAACUGUUUUCCUGGUGGUUGUUGCGGAUUUUGCAAGCCGCCCGUUCAAGAACACAAGCAAAGUGAAACUGCAGUUCAUGUAGAACGAGCUAUCAUUAAAACAGUUGCACCGUACGGUUAUAUUAAUUUUUUUCCAGGCGUUCGCCAAUCGAACAAUACAUAUACUACGCCAAUGCUUUCAGUCCAUCUUUAUCGGCACGAACUAUUUCAUGCUAAGAUCGCUCAGGCUGAGAGGAAAAUUGCUACGGGUGGUCAAAAUCGGCAACAAAUCACAAAAAAUGAACAACGAGCCAAACAAUCGGAGGAAAGUAAAGGUGAAGAAGAAGUUGUGAUGAUUCCAUUAGAAGACAUUAUCGAUAUACGUUUCAAAUCGGAUUACACAAAAAAUGUUAACGCUGAUAUUCAAACAACGAUUGAACCAACACAUGAGCUAAGUGAAAACUGUUGUGACCGUUGCUGCGCUUCAAUAACGAAAUGCUGCUGUGUUUUAUGUAAACCGAAUUCUCAGGUUGCUCCUGAUACAUCAGCAACAACAGUUACAAUGAACCUAGGCCAAGAACGAGGUUCAAACUACGAAGAAGAAGAUCUACCACUUCCCGAAGAGAAAAGAAGCUGUUGCACUAGAUUCAAAGACCGUUUUCGUUGCUGGUGUUGUCGCAAACAGAUUUUAGUCAGGCUCACAAGAAAAACCUGUACGGAAGCUGAACAGCAAGCACGGCGUGUUGUUACAAUGACCAUCGAAUACAGUAGAUACAGCAAUCUCGAUACACCAACGAAUGUACGUCUGCUCGCAAAUCAAGAUCAGGUAGACUUUUACAAAGGAAGAUUCCAACCGGGGACAAAAUUAGAGUUUAAUCUGAUUAACAACACUGAAUUCGAUUCGAAGAAUUUCGAAACUAAGAAACAACAAGCCGAAACACUUUGCCGAACAGUUCUACACUUGAAAGCAUUGAAAGGUAAAUAUCCAUCGGAAACAGAGCUAGCUGAAAUUCUUGAUCAAUCACACAUAAGAACAUUUGGUCAAGUCUUCGAUGAGCCAACUUUACAACUUGCAGCGAAUGUCAACAAGGGAGGAUCGAAUAAUGCUCAUCACCAGCCACAAGGCCAACCGUCACUACUCCAUGCAACUUUAAUGUAUGUAGAAAAGGCAAUGAAUCACCGUGACGUCGAUCCAUCGAUAACAUCGCUUGUAAUUGUCACAUACCGAAGUAAUCGAACAAAUACGAAAUCAGUAAAAAUUGCAGUUACAGAUUCAUUGGCGACUGAUUUUAUGAAAGCUUUUCAUUUGCACGGAAUUCGUAUUCAUUCUGCUGAAUUUCGAUAUUUAUCUAAAGAAGAUGACAAAAUUCAAUGUGAAAAUGGUGUUGCGAUAAUCGGAGAUUCUUUUCAAAUAAUAUUUUCUCUGGAAUAUCCAUUUGAAUGUCAGACAUUCAGCUGUAAAGAUGGAUUGAUCACAAAACUUCAAUAUGAAAUCGCUAAUCAGUAUCAUACGAUGGUUUUAUCGGAAAAAGUCGCCGAUGGUGACAUGCGAAAUAUUCUGUUGAACUUCUGUUCGUUUUACAUCAAUUCUACAGGUGAGAAAAAGACGGGCAUUACAAAGAUUGUUGUCAAUUCACUAGACCGUGUGGGUGCUUAUGAAAGACUUCGAGGUGUAGCAUAUGGUCAAUUAGAUCCAACGAGUGCGUGCAACAGUAUCAUUACCGAUUUGCAGGUUGCCCCGCGUAAUAAAGCCGGUUUGGUGAACUAUUCCAUGGAUUUCUAUAUUCUUAAACCAGUCAAGUUAUUCGGUGGUAAUCAUAAAAUAUUCUUCGAAGUUAAUAAUCGUGGUCGGAAAUUGUUCGGUAAAUUUGCUCAGAUAUCAGGUGGAAACAAUCCUUCGAUGGUCAGUGAUGUUGAGCGAAGUUUCCUUCUGAAACAAGGAUAUACGAUUGUAUGGAGUGGUUGGGAUCCAAGUGUUCCGUCGACUGGUGAUUCGAAUUUGCUGCGUAUUUACGUACCAAUCGCAAGAAAUCCAGAUGGCACAUCAGUAACAGGUCCUGUUUAUGAAUAUAUUGUGUUCGAUAAUCCGACAAGUACAUCAUACAUGACUUCGUAUCAUACGAGUAGUGCAGACACGAGCACAGCAACAUUAACGGUUAAACAUCAUUUAACGGACACUCCGAUAGUAAUUCCGUCGAUGAAUUGGACGUGGACGAGUAGUAAUACGAUAGCUCUUUUACCUUUGAACACGCCAUUUCAACAAAGUGCAAUUUAUGAAUUGACCUAUACAGCCAAAGAUCCAUACGUUGCUGGCAUUGGAUUCGCUGCUACUCGAGAUUUCGUUUCAUUUCUACGCAGUAAAAGAUCUGACAAUCCAUUAGCUGGUGACAUCAGUCGAGUCAUAUCUUGGGGUGUUUCUCAAGCAGCACGUUACAUGAACGAUUUUCUUUCGUUGGGUUUCAACCAAGAUUGCCAGGGAAAACAAAUCUUUGAUGGUAUGUUCAACUGGAUGGGAGCUGGAAAUGGCGUUGGUCUUAAUUAUCGUUUCGCACAACCGCAGCGUACGGAACGCAAUCGACAGGACCAUUUCUUUCCCGAAGCAGUGUUCCCAUUUACUUAUACUAUUCUUCGUGAUCCACUUACUGGAAAAAUUGAUGGUCGUAACGCUCGAUGUAUGCGAACUCGUACGUGUCCCAAGAUUAUGAACGUGAAUUCUGCUAACGAAUACUGGGCGAAGGCCGCUUCAUUGUUGCAUUCUGACCUUGAAGGUAAUGAUCUACCCGACCCAUUGAAUGUACGUUUCUAUUUGAUAUCUGGCACUCAACAUGCUGAUCCAUCACCGCCUGGCUCAUAUGGAAUCUGUCAGCAGUUUGGCAACACUCUAGAUUCUACUCCUAUUCUACGUGCGCUCUUCGUUACAUUAGACCAAUGGCUGGAUGGUACAAGACCACCCCCAAGCUUAACUCCAAGUCGUUCGGAUGGAACUGCAACGUUCUCUGAUAUCACCCAUCAUUCGUCUCUUGGCAUUGGUCGUGUCUCACAACGAUCAUUGCGGUGGCCAACGAUCCCUAAUGUUCUUUACACUGGCUUGAUUACCAUUCGAAAUUUGUUCAAUUUCGGAUCAAAUUAUAGCCAAGGUUUUCUUAGUAUUAAUCCAGUUCAGUCAACAGGCAAAUACUAUUCCUCUUUCGUAUCGAAAGUUGAUGAAGAUGGCAAUGAACUUGCCGGCAUACGACUUCCGUCUAUCUCUGUGCCCGUUGCUACUUAUACGGGAUGGAAUCACCGUCGAAACGACUAUGGAGGUAAUGAUGGCUGUGAAGCGAUUGGUGCAGUCAUUCCUUUUGCUCCUGAUUUAACUACGCGAAUGGCGAAAGGCGACACUCGCUUAUCAUUAGCAGAACGUUAUGGCGAUCAUAAUGCAUAUGUAGCAGCUGUAACUGUAGCUACCACUAUUCUUGUCAAUCAACGCCUGCUACUGCCCUCAGAUGCUUCAACAUACAUUAACAAUGCAAAAUUAUCAAUUCAAAUUAUAAAUCAUCAAACUUAUGGAAAUUAUACUUGGUAG